CACCCCACCCACCCGGCCUUGCUCACAUCAGCAAACCACAGGCCACUCUUACUCACCCCCCCCCCUCUCCCCCUCCGACGUGACCAUGAUCCUCUCGGCUUAAUAACAGCACUGGCCCUCCCUUCCUUGACUUGACCGCAGCUCAGACACGACACUCUCGCCACCCAACGACGACGUCGGUCUCAACCGGUCCAGCAAGCCAGCAAGCCAACACCCAGAAGCAACAGAGCAAGCCGGCAAGGCGGCAAGACAGCAAGCGAUCAAGCCACCCAGGCCUGUCAGCAAGCCAUGCCAAAGCGCAAGCUGUCCUCUGCAGACUCUGCACCAGCACCACCACCGUCCCUGGCAUCACUCGACGCCGCCCUCGACCUUCUCGCGUGCGAGACAUUCACCCGCCUCCAGGCGCUGACCUCCAAGUUCGAAGUCGCGGCUGGCGUCAGGCUUAAUGACGGCGUUGUCAAGCACAGAUGGGACGAGGCCGUCAAGCGGUACUGGGUCAUGAAGAGCAUGGACGACCUCUCGUGUGGAGGAGCUCGUAACCUCAAGGCCGCGCCGCUGGAGGAUGACUGCUCCCCGCAUGGGGAAGUUCGUAUGCGCGACGGCGAUGCUGAGGCGAAUGGAACGGCCCAUGAUGACUCCCAUUACGAACGUCCGCUACCAAAAAGCCACCAUCCUGGGGCGGUCAUUGCGUUUAGGUUGGAUUCGGAUGAGGAGGUCCAGUGGCGACGAUGGUCUCCUAAAGCUGGUGACGUCGUGAUCAUUGAGCUCCAAGAUGGUACUACCUGGCCUGGCAAGGUCAUCGACAAGCGUGUGUUCUUCCAAGGGCGAACCAUACCCCGUGGAAACCACUUCUACGCUGUGCGCAUCUACAACGACAUGGAGCCAACUGUAACUGUGAAGUCCCGACUGGUUCCGUUUGGCCUACGACCGACGCCCCCGCUGCUGGCGUCAACAAGUCUUCUGAGUGCCUACAACCAUGCUGCCAACCCCACUCAGUUCGACAUGCUGGCCAGCAGCCGCGAGUCAGCAGCUGCCCACGCCCGCUCGCACCCUGGUGUCAGCGAUGACGAGGACUCCAUGGCCAAAAUAAGGGCCUCAAAAGACGCUUGGAAGAAGUUUGUCAACUGGCUCAUGGAUGAACGGCGAGUGGAGAAACUGCGAUCUCUGUGCGAAGAACGAGACCGUCGCCUCAAAGCUGUUGCGAGAUCAGAGACACGCGACCUCUGCCCAGGCGAGUGCAACCGCGAGGAGUCGGACGCCGUUGAGGGCUCCAAGAAACGACGCGUCGCUGUGACAGCCUCACCACAGUUGUACGCCAGCACACCCAAUACGGUUUACAAGCUGGAAGGUGAUGAGCCCGAUCGCGGUGGUAUUUUUCAGAUCGCCGCGAUCCCAUCACUACCACCAUCGGGCAACACCGCUUCGCCUUCCAACAGCAUCAGGUCACCAGCACCAAUGGCCUCUUACAUUCGUCCUGCACUGGCAACGCCCUACCGAUCCAGCUCCCCCCGACGGGCAGAUCGUCGCAGGGGAAGUGGAUUCCCCGGCCUUGGCGAGUUCAGCCCACGGGCUCGUGGUGGAACAUACACUCCCCCGCGGGUGCUUCCCUCAGGAGACGAAACGGCCCCUUAUGCGUCCCCAAGCCCGGCUCCCCCAUCCCUAAAGAGCUUCGACUUCGUCAGUCCGUUAGGCGCCUCUAAGUUCGUCAAGGCCAUUCUGGACGUUGAUCAAGAUACGAUCAUGGUUUCCCGAAAUGGGGCCAAGGGCCCAAGCUUGGAGGCUGUCGAAGAGGAAGUCGAGGAGGAGGGGUGGACUGUCGUUCCCAAGGGUCGUACCAAGCGCGCUGGGUCAGCGCCACCUGUCAAGACCAAAGAGCCUCAAGCCCGGCCUAUUGGAGUUUCGAGUCCGCACAGCGAUUCGCGCCCCACCACUGGUGUCGUUCUCUCGGCAGACUCGAUGCAGCUGUACAAGGGCCUCGAUGUUAUCACCAACAAGGUUACCGAGGAAGAGAAGGGUGGAAUCGAGCACUGGGGUCUGGACGUAGUCACUCCAGGAGAGGGAGGGAGCUGGGAGCUCGGCAAGUGGUGCUCUGAAGCCGACCUCAAGGAGCUCUCCUUCGAACGCCCGACUCCAGCAGGACCCAAUCGCGCUUGGAGCCCUCCAAGUCCCAUGCCUCCAGUUCCCCCGGAUCUUGACCAUGAUCUGAAACGACUUCUUGAGUCCUUUUGGACUGCAGACCCAGUGUAUCCACCUCAUGAGAGCACUGGUAAGACGACCGACACGGAAUCUGGGGAUCGAGAAAGCCAUCGACUGCUGAGUAUCUGGCAGCUUCUUGAAGCCGUUGAUCCGCUCGAGGCGGGCCGCUGGCACUGGCGCGACAGCCGCAAGGUCCGCCUCACCCACGUCAACGACCGCGAGGUUGGAGUUCACACUUCAGGUUUCCUGUCACGAGAGGAUCUUCCUGAUCCCACCAAAGUUGGUCAUGCGGAUGCUGGGCUGCUGCUUCAGGACCUCUCAACGGCUGAGGCGAAGGUCCCCAACACCGCCGAGUAA